AUGACCGACGUGUCUGUACAGAAAAAGGCGGAAUUUGUCAAGCAUAUGCAAGAUGCGCUCGAAUGUCUCUACAACCUAGCGACUACAGCCAAUCUCCAUAUAGCGGACAUCACACCAAGGCUUGAAUGGCUCAAUGAGUACACAGACCAACUGCCGUCGGAUGCUCAACAUGACCACAGUGAAAACUUAACCGACUCGAUUGCCGCCCUUGCCGCCCUCCAAAAAACCAUUCGUAGGAUGCUCAAGGAAAUUAGAGACGGGCGUCUGAGGACGAGGGAAUAUAUAGCAGAGGACGUCGAAUGA